UCUCCUCACUCAUCCACUCCCUCCAGACAGUUUGGCACCAAGAGUCGACAACUUACCUUCAGUGGCUAAACGUCCAACGAAGACAUUAUUGUAAAGCUUUUACUUAGAGUGUCAGCUUUAAGACUUCCUUCACCAGCAACAACUAAACGUGUGAUUAUGAAGUAUUGGUGGAGUGUGUUGCUGUUCCUCGGGCUGAGUGUGACUUCAAGGCUGACGUGGGGGCAGACUAUCCUGCCAGAUGUGAUCAUUGGAGACCCAAAUGAUCCAAGUAAUGACAUCAUAGGAGAACCCAUCUCCAAGGAGGAGGAGAAGGCGAGCCUGUCCAAGGUGACGGAGAAGCUAGGCCCCAAAGAAGACCCCAUUACUCGCUCAGGAUUCUUCCAGGGCGACAUCAUGAUUCGCUCCAAGGACGAACUCUAUCAGAUCAUCGAGGGUGACCCUCUGGGGCAGAUGAGUGCCGUCAAGAACCCACAGAGAACUUGGCCUGACGCAGAUAUCCCAUACGUUAUCUCCUCGUCCUUCACGUCGCAGGAGAGGUCGACCAUCGCCCGAGCCAUCGCCGAGUACCACCAACGGACCUGUAUCACCUUUGUCCCCAGAACCACACACAGCGACUACGUUCACAUUCUCAAAGGACAAGGGUGUUCCAGUGCGGUGGGACGAUCAGGAGGGGUACAGGUGGUGUCGCUGGGUAAUGGCUGUGUUUACCUGGGCGUCAUUAUGCACGAGCUGAUGCACGCUGCAGGGUUCUGGCACGAACAAUCACGAUUUGACCGGGACGACUAUGUUACAAUUCACUGGAACAACAUACAGCCACAACUCACCUACAACUUUGAUAAGAAAUCGAGCUCCGUGACUACCGAUCUGGGACUAUCCUAUGACUACGGUUCUAUCAUGCACUACGGACCCCACGCCUUCGCCAAGGACUACCGCUAUCCUACCAUUGAACCCAAGCAGAACGGUGUCACCAUUGGUCAACGUGAUGGUUUCUCAGAGCUGGACGUGAAGGGACUGAACCUGCUAUACAAGUGCUCGGGUACAGGACCCACCCCUAAGCCUACUCCAGAACCCGAGGACUGUGUCAACAAGAACCAGUACUGUGCCUAUUGGGCUGCUUCAGGUUUCUGCUUCACCAACAACGCUUAUAUGAAGAUCAACUGCAAGAAGUCCUGUAAUUUCUGUGGAACGUCUGACUGUGAGGACCAGAACAGGUAUUGCUCCAGCUGGGCCAAAAAUGGACAGUGUCAACAGAAUCCUAAAUACAUGAGUUUGUUCUGCAAGAAAUCGUGCAACUUAUGCGGUGCUGCUAGUUCCUCAUGCGUCGAUCACAACAGCUACUGCCAGGACUGGUCGCGUCGUCAGGAGUGUAAGCGAAACCAAGCAUACAUGAGUCUUUACUGCUCCAAGUCCUGUGGCUCCUGUAAAGACUCCCCAGCUAAUGAAGUUGCUGACGACCACAUCCCAGCUAUAAAACCCCCAUAUAGCGCUCAAUAAAAGCCAUAAUUACCUCUCUUAAUUGUAAUUUGAUCUCUGUAAUUUAAUCCUAAACUUAGAAUACUAAAUAUAUUAUACUGUACAUGUUUAUAUUAUAGAUGUCGUAAUAAACCUGACUUCUUUA